AUGGGACCAUCUGAGCAGGAUACGGACAACAAGAAUGGUGAAAAUUUGGCAUCGAACCAACAAUCGGAGCCUGCCAAAGACGCCAAAAGAGCAAAUCGACGAAGGCAUUCCACGAGAAAGUCCUCAUCAGGAAGAGAUCGAUCCGCCAGUCCACGGCGCUCACUUGAAGAGGGACUUCAGGACGAUACUGAAGGCGAGCAAGCCAGCACAGCGAGUGGCAAUCCAACCACACUUUCCUCUGUCGAUGAACACGAGAGGAAGAAACAACGAAGCAAAGACAAUGAUUCCAGCCAACAACGGAGAUCCAAAUCCAGUCGAAAGCACCACAGCAAAAAAACAGGGCAGGAGGAGGGAAACGACAAAAGCCUGGGAGGAAUGAUUACGGCGGGACAAACAGCAACAUCCGAUCCUACAUUGGACGUUAGCCAACCAUCCCGCAAGAGUGCUUCAUCAGCCUUGGAUUCCAGUGCCAUGCAUUCCAUCACCUCCGAUACCACUGGUACGACACAUACAACAACGGCAAGCAAUGCCAGCAAAAAUCAUCUCUUGACACAGACCACCGAUCUAUCCAGUCGAAAACUACAGAACAAUGCCGAGGAUCGGAAAACGAGCAGUCGUCGCAGCGGGAAUACUCGCGGACCCAAUAAAGUCUCAUCAUCAUCAUCCUCCAAGCGAUCCUCCAAAGAGACGCGAAGGAGAACCAAAGAAGAAGGAGGGAAAACAAACACGGAAGAUGGUGACACAAAACCGGAAGAAGACGCUGCGAAAGAACCCGAAACACCCGCAAAGGCUGAUAAUGAAGAACACCAAGUUGAAGGAAACGAAGCCAGGGACGGGGACAAGGCAGGCACCGAUGAAAGCCCAGCUGCAGAGGCAAAAGCAAACAACCCAAAAACUGAAGAGGACACGAAUCGUGAUUCCGCCAACACCGACUUUGGACAUUUGCCCGACUUCAAGGUUGCCGACUUUUCGUUUCGAGAUUUGGCAUUUGGAUUCGACAGCGGCAAGAACGAGUUUUCCGAGUGGGACAACGACAACAGCGAAACUCAAGAUGCUACGGAAAAAAAGACAAGUGAUAAUACUAACGACGCCACCGGUAUGGACAAAAAGACAAGCCAUGACAGCGCCCAACCACCGAAGGCCACAGACGAGGGAAAACCACCCGAGGAAGGUACCUGGGUGUGCCAAAAUUGCCAAGAGGAACAUGAUGAAGCCGAGCUGCAGUUCUGCGGUAUGUGUGGACAAGACCGUCCAAAGACUACCCCGCAGUCCAACAAACCCAUGCGCAAACCAUCUGCUGCGAAAAGAAAAGAUGGGGGCGACAAUCAUCUGCGACGACAGGGGUCUCGUGUCAGCGACGCAAGCACUGGGAGAUCGGCUUCCACCAACGGUACCGCCAAGCGAUCUGUUGACUCCUUUCGGUCCUCUUCCGCACGGAGGGUGCGGAGGGGCGACAGAGCAACCAUGACACCCAGAUCCCGUUCAAGGGGCAAAGCGAGAAGGCCCACAAGCGUUGACAGAGAUUCUGCUGCAGCGGAAAUGUUGGUCAUCAAGUGUUUGGAUGGAGACGGUGGUCAGAUUUCAAUUGAUGACCUGGACCAGCUCAACGAACAAUUUUCCACAUUCGAAUCUCCAGAGCCUCCUGCGACGCCAUCCAGAGCGAAAAAGAAAACCAUUGGAAGAAGCCAAUCUGACGUGUCGAGACUGGCCGGACAAACUCCCACCUCAUUAGCGCCACAAACACCCAGGUCCAUGAUGAAAAAGAAGGGUCUUGUAAGACGAUCGCAGUCUUUUGCCGAUGCUGCGGAUGGCUCCGCUACCCCAAUGGGGACCAUUGCACCCGUACCUCCGGUGCCAAGAAAACCUGCUGCACGACAAGUCAUUCCAAGAAGGGCCAAAUCUAGCACCACCGAGUACUUGGAGCAACUUCAACAGCAACAGAAUGAUAGUCUCACAUUACCGAGUCAACACGGCGACGAUGAGCUCAAGACGCAGUCGGCGCAUUCUACAGGGAGGCCCAAUUUCGCGGCACUGGCAGCACGCACAAGCUUGAUGACUACAGCGAUAGGACGGCCCAGCUUGGCGGCUGCACAGGUGAAGUCAGCUUCGCAGCGUUUGCUUGGAGGGCUUGUCAAGUCCCAAAAAACGGUUGAAAAUGCUCUGUCCUUAGCACGAAUGUCUUCGUUUUCAAAGCCCAAAGGUGAUGUCUUACCGUUGGAUUCUGACGACGAAGAUGAUGGUGAGGAAUUUGCCAGUGACAGUGGCGGCGCUGCUAAAGGAGAAUCGAAUGAAGGCGGUAUGUUAAGGGGCUUUGGCAGUAGCGGGAAUGUAGGACUGACAAAGCCGCCCGGGCAACCACAAUCUUGUCGAAACUUGAUGGGCGGUGAGAUUGGGGGUGAUGCUUUGGGAGUGCCGACGACACCGCGGCGGCCUCAAUCUUCUCGAAACUUGAUGAUGGGUGGUGGCAGCGAUGAUGUGACAAAGACCCCUCGGCGGCCUCAGUCUUCUCGAAAUUUGAUGGUCGGUGGUGGUAACGAUGACGUGACAAAGACCCCGCGGCGGUGGCCUCAAUCUUCGCGAAACCUGAUGAUGGGUGGUGGCAACGAUGACGUGACAAAGACCCCGCGGCGGCGGCCUCAGUCUUCACGAAACCUGAUGCUGGGUGGUGGCAACGAUGACGUGACGAAGACCCCGCGGCGGCGGCCUCAGUCUUCACGUAACCUGAUGCUGGGUGGUGGCAACAAUGAUGUGACAAAGACCCCACGGCGGCGCCCUCAGUCUUCACGAAACCUGAUGCUGGGUGGUGGCAACGAUGACAUGACAAAGACCCCGCGACGACCACAAUCCUCUCGAAAUUUAAUGAUUGGUGGUGCGGGUGAUGAUGCCGGAGUAAUGGCUACGCCAAGGAGAAGCAGAGCCUCGUUGGGAAUACGAUCUCGGCCUGCCGCUCCUCCUGGCACUGCUGACGUGGGCCUCAAGACCCCGAGGCGAGGUCGUCGUGGGUCUAUUGAGAUGAAGCCAGCACUUCUGGACGAGUCGACGACAGAACGUAAUGAUCCAGACGGCGCACUGGAUUGCGGGGCCCUCGACGUUGAUAUUGACGAAGACGACUAUAAGGAUGUUGCACAGUCGCUGGGAGGUGUUGCCCCGGCAGCUCGACGAACAAGGGAGCGUGCAGCCCUUCGGCCUAUGCCGCGACGAGACGGAGCAGACGGGGCGAAAAUGGAGCAAGGGGUUGGGAAGACCCCCAUGACAGCCCGAAGCCGGAUUCGGCGCGCGACUUUGGCGACCGGAAGUGAUGUGCCUGCUGCUCCUGACUUGACGGCCGAAUCGAAACAGCCAGUUGUUCCGGCAACUCCAAAAUUGAGCGCCCGCAGACGCAUUCGUAGGGCCUCCUUGGGUCAUGACCAAGUUGACAAUUGUGUCUUGGAUGGUCCGCAGUCAGCAGGAGCACCACCGCUAGCACCAGCGUCGCAGGGGGUAUCCGAAGCAAAGCCGCAGGACAGUGGCGCUGAUGCAGCCAGCGGAAAUGCUCAUGUACGCCAAGUUCGUGCAAACGCCAGACCUGGCCGUGCAGGACGACGUGGUUCGAUUGGAACAAGCAACCCCAUGCUGAAGCAGGCCAUAGCUCACAUGCCUCAAGACCUGACUCAUGCUGUGCGAGGGGAUCUUAAACAAGAAUGGGAACGUCAGGAACAGAUGGAUGAUAUGAGGAAGAAAGCCAUGGGACUUCAACAACGUUAUGCUAGCCUGAAUGUGGGUACAGAAACGAUGCUCGAUUCCAAUUUUGCAUCUGGUUUCAAUGAAGACUCCAGCCUGGCCCAUGAAAGUAACAUCGACUAUGAAGAAAGUGGGGUCAGCCUUGCGUUGGAUGGCGAUGACUCGGAUGUAUCUGAUCUGUCAGGUUAG